UCUUCGCCAGCAUUGCGACUAGCUUCUUGUUCUUCUCCAUCUUCAGAUUCUCCUAUCUGAUUAACGGGAAACGUCCGCACUCAGGAUGCUGUCCAGAGUCACCCCCAGCGUGAUAGUACAAACUACUCUCAGAAGCUCCGUACGACGGGCUGCUGUUUGCGCUCGCAGAGGCUUCGUACAACCCUCUGGCGCAGACCGUGCACGCGUCAUCGAAGACAUGCACUUCAAGCUCGAGGUUCCACAUCGUGAGAACAGCGUCACACAAAAGACACGUCCCAUAUACCUCGACAUGCAGGCCACGACUCCUGUCGACCCCCGUGUUCUCGAUGCCAUGUUGCCAUACCUAACAGACCAGUACGGCAAUCCACACAGUCGAACCCAUGCAUAUGGAUGGGAAGCGGAACAGGCUAUUGAGGUUGCACGCAAGCAAGUAGCAGACCUUAUUGGAGCUGAGGCCAAGGACAUCGUCUUCACUUCUGGUGCUACCGAGACCAAUAACAUGGCCAUUAAGGGUGUCGCACGGUUCAACAAAGACAAGAAAAGACACAUCAUCACGACGCAGACGGAGCACAAAUGCGUCUUGGAUUCCUGCAGGAAACUCAGCGAGGAAGAAUUUGAAAUCACCUAUCUUCCUGUCGAGUCUGAUGGCUUAGUCAAUCUUCAGACUCUCGAGGCCGCCAUCCGCCCUGACACUUCCCUCAUUUCCAUCAUGACAGUAAACAACGAGACCGGUGUCAUCCAACCAAUGAAGGAAAUUGGUGCCAUUGUAAGAAAGCAUCGUGGCGUAUACCUUCACACCGAUGCGGCGCAAGCUGUGGGAAAAAUACCUAUCGACGUUAAUGAAGCCAACAUCGACCUGAUGAGCAUUUCAGGCCAUAAACUCUAUGGUCCGAAGGGAGUAGGAGCUGCUUAUGUCCGCCGGAGACCGCGGGUGCGAUUGGAACCGAUUUUGAGUGGGGGAGGACAAGAGCGUGGACUGCGCAGUGGUACCCUACCCACGGCGCUGGCGGUUGGCAUGGGCGAGGCAGCACGCAUAGCUAAGCUGGAGAUGGCGAGGGACCACGCGCGGAUCAAGCAGUUGUCAGAUAGGUUAAUCCAAGGCAUCAAUUCCCAAGUCGAGCAUGUAGUUCGAAAUGGAGAUAUCAAUGGAUACCCAGGAUGCGUGAAUCUUUCAUUCUCAUACGUUGAAGGCGAAAGCCUUCUCAUGGCCUUGAAAGAGAUCGCUUUGUCUUCUGGCAGUGCAUGUACAUCUGCGUCUCUGGAACCUUCAUACGUCCUUCGUGCUCUUGGAGCGGCAGAGGAUAUGGCACAUUCGUCCUUACGCUUUGGCAUCGGUCGUUUCACCACCGAAGCGGAAAUUGAUUUCGUGAUAAAUCACAUCGUUCGCGUCGUCACCAGGCUUCGUGAUAUGAGUCCUUUGUGGGAGAUGGUGCAGGAAGGCAUUGACAUCAACUCAAUUAACUGGUCUCAACAUUAAUUUAUACUUCUGGAUUCGUCAUGGUGCACGUUCCGCCUUGCGUUGACAUAUUUGAGGACUGUCUUGCCUAUAACUUUAUGUACAACGAUAUUUGAACGAAAUAAAGAACUUUCUAAGGAUGCUCGCAAGUAGCGGUAUCCGAGGUCUUGUC